AUGAUAAACCGAGAGCAGAGGGGUCAAGUUGACAAUUCAGUAAAGUUCAUCAGGGAACAUCACUUUAAGGAUACCUUUGCUUUACUGAUUGUGUUUUUGAGCUUCAAUCAUUUUGCAUCUUUAUGUCUGCUGUCUGUGUUUAUAAUAGCUACAAAAUCUAAGAAUUUCCUGGCAACUUGCUUUAUCAAAAUCUUCCUUUCAAGACGGCUGUCUACCGCCGCAACAUGCGAGGACCUAGCAUUAGCUAAACCAACAACUAGCAAGAAAGGUCAGCAAGGGCAAUCCCCGGAUAAAAAGAGGCCAAGCACUAUCUCAUUCCCAAUACUUAUCUUUGAACUUUUCGUUGCAGGAAUUUUUAAUUUUUAUGCCCGCUACUAUUUCACUAGACCCAUUGAGAAUUUAGCUAUGUCGAUUGUGGCAUCCUCUCUCAUCAAUGAUCCUAGAGAUUGCUUGAGCUAUGCGACUUCGUGUUCGAUACUUUAUGGAAUUCUUCUAAAUCUAAUCAAGAGAGUUAUGAUUUUCUUUGAUCUGCAAUUCACUAGUUACUCAAUUCUAAAAAACGCCCCUCUGUAUAAAUGGAAAAUUGUAUCAGAGCAGCAUCCACUGUUAGAACAACUAAUACCAUACUCAAUUAUAUUGUGGAGUUGGUGCAACAGAUUAGUACGAUAUGGCCGCUAUUUUGCAUCUUUUCACAUUGUCCUAUACCAAUUUCAUCAAAAUAUGACGAACCCAUAUUAUUAUCAGAGCAACUCAGGGAGAGAAACUAUGCCCACGAGUCCAUCUUCAGCUCCAAUGUCCCCCAAUAAUUCGUCGACUGUUGGCGGACCGACUAUUUCUUCUUCCGCGUCUACCGCAAGUGGCGCAAUUGGCACUCCCCAUUUGAACAACGCCAUUCCUUCCACGGUACCAAUUGCUCAAAAGCCUAUAUUUACAAAUGUUGUGCUUAAUUACGAGCUUUCUGAGCUACCAAUCGACUUACCAGCGGAGAGUAAUUCUCAAACAAUAGCAACUAACGUUACUGUUACGUCCACUGGUUCACAAAAUAGUAAAGCUGCCUAUACAAACCAAUUUUUUGAAGUAGAUGUUGCACUCCCUGAACAAUCAUCCAAAGAAUCACGAGUGAAUACUCACUUUAUAUCUACUUUAAAUCUUGAAAAUUUCAUAUCCCAGCUAUUCAGGUGGAAAAAUCAUCACCUCAUCCCACCUCUAUGGUCCAUAUUUGCAACUAUUAAAACAAUGACUUUUGAAAGAAGACAAGUUAAAAAUCGAGAAGAUGGUCAAGCAAUGCCACCAUCCGAAACGGACAAUGCUCCUCAAAAUAUUACUCCCACCUCAUCUAAUACAGUUCUGAAUGGCAGCGUCUUCACUGGCACAGACUCAUCGGACUGCAUGGCCCUUAUUGCACCAGCAGCUGAUGAUUAUAACCAACUUCACUUGUUACCAUUCAACCCACAAGAGUAUGAUUAUAGAGUAUGCGUGGCCUACAUUGGGCCGACAAUUAUAACGUUUCACAUAAAAAAUUUGUUUGAGGGUGAACUGAUCGUUUUAGUAAACGGUGUCAUAUGGUCCCAAGUUUCGUCCGCAAUUGUCUCAGAAAAGCUCGGCGAGGAAUACUCGAUUGUUAGCGGGUUAGUACCCUCUUGUUCAUACGACAUUCAAUUUGUCAAUCGGUUCAAUGAGAAUGAAGACUACCUAAUUGCUGAUUUAAUGGUUCGUACUAGUGCAAAAAAUGGUGAAAGCAAGGAGCCACUAGACUUCAGUUUUCCCUCAUACUAUCACAGGAAAUUUUUAUCUCCUCUUCUUACUUUGAAGCACUCUGUACUCACGACAAAUACGAACUUGGCCGAGGAACGUGCUAAACUCAAGAAAACCAAGAAAGAAAUCUCAAAAAAAUUCAGCUCAUUGAGACAAGAAACAGAUCAUUUCAAGUCAAAAAUAUCUCAAAACGUUAGUCAAGACGAAAAGAGUGCCUCCAAGUUGGACAAUCUAAAAACUAUUCUACAGCAGAGUGAAGCUCAUUUAGCUCGACUUGAAAGCGAGUUGAGAGAAAUGCAUGAGGAGGAACUAAAAUUGGAGAGCGAAUAUUUGCAGAAAAAGGACUACCAUUUAAAGAAACAAAUGGAAUAUGGCAAGAUGGAAAGUUCUUUGAAAAACAAUCUUUUGGAGGCGAAAGCGAAGCUCACCAAAACUCAACAAGAGUUGUUCCAAUCAAGUGCCAAGAAAGAAAAGCUGUUUUCGAAACAAGAAAAAUUACAGAAGGAAGUAGCCCAAUUCACCGAAGAUUUUGAAAAUUUCAAGUCUCAAUUUUUAGCCAAGAGAGAAAAUGACAGGAAACGGCGUGAAGAAAUGAGGGCCAUAGAGGCAAACGAUUAUGAGCUAAAAAUUAAGGGUCUGGAACAGGAUAUUAGCCGAAUUGAGGAUGAGAAUGGUACAAUGCAAGACAUGAAUUUAAGAUAUCAAUGA